GAAGAACUCUGUGACUAUUGUCUCUGCUUAUCAAACUUCAUACAAAUAUGGGACUAGUGUAAGGCAUUAUAGUGUGCUGCUUUUGCACCAUUACCAUGUAUGAUGGAGUCAUAUGGCCCAGAUCAAGAAAGUAAAGAAACAGAGCCUCCCUCUGGAAGUCCAGAAUGCAGAGAACAAGAUGGAGAUGCGUCCGCAAUGAUUUGGACUUUAGAAGAAGCUGCUGAAAAGCAGACUCAGCAAAUUGGAGUAUCUGCAUGCGGUGCAACUGCAGUGAUCAAUGUGCUACAAGCACUUGGCCUUGAUGUCAUGCCAGACAUUGUAGAAAGAUGCGUCCGUACCAAAUCCCGUCAAAAUGAUGCUCCACUUCCUCAAUAUCUUAUGUCACGCAGUGUUGCAGUUGAUCCAGUAAUUUUUGUGGCCAGUCGAUCACACCAAAACUGGGCCACCCAUGAACAGUUAAUAUGUGGUGCUGAAAAUGCCAGCAAUGGGAAAGUUGCUGGAUUUUUCUUUAGCUUUUAUCCAGAACGGGACAUUGACCUCCAAACAUGGCUUGCUAAAUGGAUUCAAAAAGGUACUGUACCCAUAGCAACAAUGAAUAUGCAGGUCGCAGUAACCAAGGGAGAGGAGGUCCCAGAUGCUUGGCAUCAUCAAAUGAUAUUCGGUGUUGGUCCAGACGGUGUGUACAUGACCAACCCACUAGAAGUAGAAAAGGCUGGUGUGGUGAAGCAGAGGCUGUGCAGUGAUUCUGUGCUUCUUGUUCGCCGUGAAGAUAUUUUAAGUCGCCUUUCAGAGGAUACAAAGCUUUCUGCACUGGCCCAGGUACAGGACGAUCCACGCUGGGAACUGUUGGAUGUAGCAGGGCAAGUGGGACAGAUGAUAUAUGAAGAAAUCACUCCUGAUGAUGCUGAUGAAGGCACAGCAGCAACCCAUGUGCUUAUCCCAGCCGCGUAUAAAUCUGGAAUCAGUUUAUUUGCACUUAAGGACUCAGAAGUUGCUCACGAACUUCUGAAUGCUAAAGAGUUACCACUGUGUCAGUAGCAAAUACUGUGCCCUUAUAAAUGUUUCAACAGAUUUCAAGACUUUUAUACAAGCUUUGUUUUAAUGUCAUGCACAGGACAACUUGCUGUGUUUUGUAUUUUUAAGAACUUGUGUAAACAUUAACAUACAGUCAAUUACCUGUGUUGCAGCAAGAAGAAACCAGUUAGUAAAUUUCAUACAGAUUGGUUAGCGGUGCUUUUAGGGUCAUCUCAUUGUGGUACAGCAUGGGUGGCACCACUUGUUUUAUUUUGAUUUCCAGAUGCAAGUAAACACAUACUGCAUAGAAGGUACCAGAUGUAUGCACAUAGUCCAAACUAUAAUUAUACUGUUAAUUCAAAAGUGUUUUCACCACUUGAUUUGUGUCAUUUCUACACAUGCAGGUUUGUUUUGCAACUGUCUUAACUCACAAUAUGCCAAGUUAACAUUCACAUAAAAUAUUGUCACUCACAAUGCGAACAGGCCAAAACUGUUAAAGUAUAUUCAGAAAUGAGGGCUAAUUCUGCAAACAGUAAUAUUGUUUAGUUUUUCUUUCCACUUUUAUUACUUUCCACAGUCAACUUUUGUAGUGGAACAGUUUCAGCUGCUGUCCUGUUUUUCACAGUUGUACAGUCACUGCUGCUUACCUAACAUCCUGAGAUGUUAGGGAAAGACUCUUUGUAAGAUGUUGGGCCAUGGGUAUUAUGACAUCUGCUGUUAGAGUCAUAAUAGUGUGUUUCCAUUUGUGUUUUCCCACACGUGCUCUGGAAUGUCCACUCAGGUGUCUGUUGUGCCACUGUCUUUGGGUUAUCCUGGCUGUACUUCCGCAAUAGCCUCACCAAGUGACAAGCAUGUUGGUAGGUGUGCUGUUUUGUCACCGCAGAACAAAGCAUUCAUUGACUGAUGUGUUCAACUUGUAAUUCCAGGAUCUAGGCCCCUGCAGCAGUUGUAGAGUUCCAGGACAAUGAUGCUGGUAAGAGGAUGUCAGUGGGUGCUUUUACUGCCAGGCAGAAGAUGCACCUUAGUUAAUGAAUUUAGUUUGUAAUGACCCAAAAUUCAUAUGAGACAAUUUCUGCUUUUGGAAAGCUUACGUGUCAUCAAAGAUUUUGUAGAUGUAACUGCACUAUGAGUCUUUGCACAUUUACACUUGAAUACUUAGCUGGGUUGUCUGUUGCACUGCAGACAUAAGUAAAAACACAUUUUUAGUGUAGUCACUGUCUUACCUUUAUAUUUAGUGACAGUGUUCAGGCUUACUGAAUAUAAUGUGUGCUCCUUUGUGCAUGUCAGUUAAAGCAGGUACGGUGUAAAAAGUGCCUCGGUGUACUGAAUGAAAAUUCUAACCUCUGAUUGCCUGAUUUACCAAACUGUGAAGUCUGACAACUUAAAUAAUUGAAAGAAAAUGUUUGAUGGUGUACUAAAACAAGAAAAAUAUUAAUGUGAAUUUGUGUAGCUUUUAGGUUACUUUCAAACAGUUUUCAUUCAAGGUGAUGUCUCACGUCGCCAUUAAAAUGUAUGCAGCAUGAAUUUGCUAGUGUUGUUGUAUGUAAAGAAUAAACAAAACAGCAAGACAAAUAUAUGUCUUGAAUGGAAAGUCAAAUUUGUAUAUGUUUUUGUUUGCCAAACAAGUUUACAGUAUUUUUAUCUGCCUUGUGUCAGAACAAAAUUACCAGAUGUCUGACUGCAUUUUUGACUGUGAAGAUGUGUGCCUGUACAGGAAGUGAAAAUUGUCUUUUUCUGGCAAAAUAUGUUAUGUAUAUGCAACAGUUAAAUUAUUACACUACAGUUAUAUUAUCUGUAUAAAACAAUGUAAUCCUUAAUAUAAAGUUUUUGUUAAUAAGACUCAUUGAGAGUAACCACAGACAUCAUUGUGGAGUAUGUAUGCCUUUGUAAUAAAAAAAAACAGUAUAAGGCAUAUUA